AUGGCGCCGCUUAGCCCGGCGGGGGACUGGGCGGCGUCGCUGCUCCUCGCGGGGAGCUCAGCGGCGGGCUUGGGUGAGGAUCCGGCGGGUGCAGGGAGUGGCGGUGGCGGGAUGGCAGCGGCGGCGGCGGCGGCGGAGAGCAGCUGCGGCGGGAGCAGCACCGUCACGACUGCAGGAGGGAGUAGUGGCGUGACGGAGGCGACGGCGACGACGAACAGGCAGCUGCAGGGCAGCGCGCGGCGUGGGAGGGGCAACGGUAGGAAGGCUGGAGGCGGCGGGAGGACGCCGAGGUUCGCGUUCCACACGAGGAGCGAGAACGACGUCCUCGACGACGGCUACCGGUGGAGGAAGUACGGGCAGAAGGCCGUCAAGAACAGUGACUUCCCCAGGAGCUACUACCGGUGCACGCACCACACGUGCAGCGUGAAGAAGCAAGUGCAGCGUCUGGCCAAGGACAGGGGCAUCGUGGUGACCACGUACGAGGGCGUCCACAACCACCCGUGCGAGAAGCUCAUGGAAGCGCUCAACCCCAUCCUCAGGCAGCUCCAGCUCCUCUCGCAGCUCUGAAUUUAAACUUAAUCUCCACUUCUAAUCAAGCUCUAAUUAAUCAUAUCAAAAGAAACUGCAUAGUAACAUAGAGAGAUUUGCUCCGAUACAACCAAGUAUCUCAACGUAUCAGUACCUCACGGUACUAAAUCAUUUUUCAUCAUUGGAUCUAACUGAGUAUGAUGGGUAUUGCUAGAUCCAACGAUCAUAAAUAAUUUUGUACCGUGAGAUACCAGUAUCUCAAGAUAUUUUUUGUUGGAUUAGAACAAAUUUCUAAUAUAGAACAUUUGACAAGUUAAAUGUCUAUAUAUUCACAGCCAAAUUAAUUAAUUAUACUCGGAUGGGGAAG